GGAGAGGCCAAGGGAGCCCACUCUGGCACGGGACACGCCGGGCAGCCCCCGGUGAUGCCCCUUCCCCGGGCCUGAGGAUGGCCGUGGAGCUGAGAGCCCUGUUCCUGCUGCCACUCUGCUUCCCAGGUCUCCAAGGCCAAACCCCACAAGUGCAGAGACGACGGGAAGGGGGCACUCUUUACAUGCUGUGUCCUUAUGCAGCGUGGACUACGAAACAGCAGACAAAAUACUGGUGCCUCCUGAGACAUGGAGACUGUCAAGAAGUCCUGCGCACAUACUACGAAGACAGCGUGCAGUCCAGGGACAGGAGAAUUGAAAUCAAGGAUAACACAGCUAGUAAGGCUGUGUCUGUCACCAUGACUGACCUCAAGGCAGAGGACUCAGACACAUAUUUCUGUUCUGCUUACAAUCGUGUCACAGGUGCAUACACGCAGCUGAGGGCGAUCUCACUGAAUGUUUUCAGGGAGCUGCUCAAGUGGGAGCUGGACACCCUGACAGUGCAGUGCCCAGAGGGGUACGGCAUGGUCUGGUGCCGAGGAGGGCAGACUGACUGCACAGCCCCGCUGAGGAGACAAACAUCUUCAAAACAGAGUGAAAUGAAAUCCCUGCAAGACAGAGCAUCAGUGGAGUAUAACGCUCAAAGGGCUCUGGUUGUCACCAUGAAGAAUCUGCAGGCCCGGGACUCUGGUGUGUACUGGUGUGCACUGGGCUCUGAGCACAGCCGGAAAAUGGAGGUCGUGCUCUCUGUGCUCAAGAGGACUCAGCAGCACACAGCCAAGGAGUCAGGCAACGUCUCUGUCCAGUGUCACUACAAGAUCGCAGACUACAGGACUGUCAGCAAAGCCUGGUGCAAAAAGAAAGAGGGGGGAAUGUGUAACGUGCUGGUCACCACCAGAUCAGAGUCCCCAGCAGGAAACAGCACGGCUCGGGAAGGUGUCAGGAUCCAGGAUGACACCCAGCAGGGCUUUGUCACCAUCACCAUGGAGCAGCUGCAGGUGCAGGACUCGGGCGUGUACUGGUGCGCGCUCCAGGACGGCUCCGGUCUGCUCCGCAUGGAGGAGGUCACGCUCAGCGUUUCCAAGGCGUUGCCUCCGGGAGGUUUUCCAGACUCUGAAAGCCAAAGCGAAGAAAUUCUUUUGGGCGACAGCUGCAGUGGGAACACCUUCCUCAUCCUGUCCGUGGUGCUGCUCCUCCUGCUCCUCCUGGCCCUCCUCACCUCCGCAGCCCUGGGUGUCAGGUACUACAGGCUGCUGCUGAGAACAGGUAACAGAGAAGCAGAGGACACCAGUGACAGACCAGAGGGCACAGCACGGGCUGGCAGCACUGGGAGGAGGGAAGGUUCUCAGGAUGACAGCAAAGGGCCAGCAUACAUCAACCUGGAUGUGCAAUCCCACCCCAGCCCCGAGGAUCCCCUUUACUGCAACGUGAAACUGAGCCAGGCUCCCAGGAACCCCCAGGAGAUGGAAUACGCCGUCAUCGCCUUCAACCAGCCCCCAAGGACCAGCAGGGAAUGAAGCACAGAAUCCCAAACGAGCCAGAAAUGGGGGGAAGGAGCUGGAAUACAGAGUGGGAAUGAGGAGUAGGAGGUGUGUGGAUGGACCAGCUGAGUUUUGCUGCUCUGUGUGUGGUGUUGCCUGAGCGUUUUCAGCUCUCCCUCCUGUUUUAGGCCGGGCAGGGGUUUUGCCACGCUUGUGGCAGAUUGCCUCGGGUCAGGCAGAGCUGUGGGGGAAUUCCCAGGAUCUCUUGGAACAUCUGCUUUUCCAAUUCCAUUAAAGUGCAGAGUCUUGGA